GAUAAAUUUAUUAAGUUAUAAUGUAAUUAGUAGUGUUAUAUAACCAAAUGUUAUUUUGAAAUAUUAAGCAUGAAUGUAAGUGAACAGAAACUUUUGUAAAAUAGAUCUGGUUCAUAAAAAUGAGCGCUAACGUUGCUUCAACAGUUCAUAAAAAUGCUAAUGGAGCUAACAAUUGGUUAACAUUUAAAAAUGGUAUCAAUCCGUCUACUAUACUAAAUAAACCAGUUGUACAGAUACAAGAAAAAAAAAAUAUUGAAGUCGUAGCAAUUGAUUGUGAAAUGGUUGGAAUACACCCUGAUGGUCAAGGAAAUAUGUUAGCUAGAGUUUCUAUAGUUAAUUCUAAAGGUGAUACAAUUUAUGAUAAGUUUGUAAAACCAACAGAAAAAGUUACUGAUUUCCGUACUGCUGUCAGUGGAGUUCGUCCUGAAGAUAUUGAGAAUGGUGAAUUAUUUAUCAAAGUAAAAAAAGAUGUUUCGCAGAUAUUAAAAGGGAAACUUUUAGUUGGUCAUGCUCUUGAGCAUGAUUUAAGGGUACUGAAAAUCUCACAUCCCAAACAUAUGAUUAGAGACACUUCAACUUACUGGCAGUUCAAGCAAUUAACAGAAGGUCGUACUCCAGGUUUAAAACGACUUACUUUACAUUUUCUAGGAGCUAGCAUACAAGAAGGUGAACAUAGUUCUGUUCAAGAUGCAAAAGCUGCUUUACAAUUAUACAUGUUAGCUAGAAAAGAUUGGGAAUUAAUGUUAAAAAAGAGAAGAAGUAGACCUAGAAAUGGAAAUAAAUCAAAUAGUUCAAUACAUAGACAUAAAUAAUCUAAUACAAUUAUUUUUGUGUUUUUAAACAAGACUCAUAAUUUAACGUCUAAGCAAUUUGCUUUUUAUUUAAAUGCUACAUAUUUUGUUAUUAAAUAUGUGUUAUUCAACCUAUUUUUAGUUUGUACAAUGGUUCUUAUUAAAGGAUAUUUUUUUGGUUCAUAAGUUUAUUAAUAAGUGAGUUUAAAAAUUAUUUUAGUAUUGUAUUGAAAUUGUUGUGUUUUAACUUAUUUGUAAAUAUAUUUUGUUCAAACAGUA